AACUGAUGUGUUCAGGAAGUAGAAUGUGACUCAGCUGUUAGCUUAGCUGUUAGCACAGACAGACACAGCGGGCUAACAUGCUGUGGUUUCAGGGCUCCAUUCCAGACGCUAUUAGCUCAGCUAAACAGCGGGGCUCCGUGUUCGUGGUCGUUAUCACAGGAGACGACGAGCAGUCUUCUCAGCUGAUGUCCAGCUGGGAGGAUGACAUCGUAUCAGAAACAGCAAACAGCUGCUGUGUGGCCAUCAGAGUGGACGGAAAGAGUGAUACCUGUGUGCAGUUUUCUCAGAUCUAUCCAGUGGUGUGCAUACCGUCGAGCUUCUUCAUCGGAGACAAUGGCAUUCCACUGGAGGUCAUCGCUGGCAGCGUGUCUGCUGAAGAGCUGAUCAACAGAAUUCACAGGGUGAAGCAGAUGCAUGCUCAGCAGAUUGGACCAGACACAAUGCCUCCUGCAGAGAACAGUCCCCAUGACAACAGGGCUUCACAUCCAGCUCCAGAACCAGCUCCAGAUUCAGAUCCAGGACCAUCAGGAGGUGUCACGUCAGCAGCAGAAACAACAAAAGUGAGUCCUGCUGAUCAAACCUCCUCUCAGCAUCAGAGUGACGAGAACCUGGAAGCUAAAGUGGAGAGGUUGACGAAGAAACUGGAGGAGAGACGAGAGCAGAAGAAGGUGGGAGAAGACGAGAACGAGAUCAGGAAGGAGAUGGAGCGGAGGAAGACGGGCAAAGACGUGCAGGACUUCAAGAAGAAACAGGAAGACGAGAAGACGAAGAGACUCUUGGAGGAGAGGAACCGAGAGAAAGCCGAGGAGAGAGCAGCCCGAGAGCGAGUAAAACAGCAGAUUGCCAUGGACCGCGCUGACCGGGCGGCGCGUUACGCUAAAGUCCAGGAGGAGGAUCAAGCGGCUAAACUGGCAGCCCAGCAGGUGAGACAGGCGGAGCAGGAGGCCCGGAGGGAGGUGCUGCUCAGGGAGAGGAGCACCGUGGCGAGGAUACAGUUCCGGCUCCCGGACGGCUCUUCCUUCACGAACCAGUUCCCGUCACAGAGCAGACUGCAGGAGGCUCGAAACUUUGCUGUCCAGGAAGUGGGAAAUCGCUAUGGCAACUUCUCCUUGGCAACAAUGUUCCCUCGGCGGGAGUUCACCAAUGAAGACCUCGAGCGGACUUUGCUGGAGCUGGAACUGGCUCCCAGUGCUUCCAUAGUGCUGCUGCCACAGUCUAGUAGACCUUCUAACACGGUGGCUCAGUCCUCUGGGGGCAGUAUCUGGGCGGUUCUGGGCACGCUCCUCUACCCUCUGCUGGCUGUGUGGAGAUUCCUCAGCUCCUUCCUGUUUACAGCCCCGCCCCCUCCUGGAACGUCAUCCAGAGACCCCGUCCAGCACCAGUCCAACUCCUACACAAACUCCACAGCAGCAUCGGACAAAACAAAGCGGGAAACUCUGUCCAAACACUCGGUGGAGAAACGUCCCAGAGACUUCAAGAAAGACGGUAAAGUUUGCCGUCUGAGGACUCAGGAGGACAGCGAGGAUGACAACAACACCUGGAACGGGAACUCCACCCAGCAGAUGUAGCGCCCCCCUCAGGCUUUGUGCUGUAAUAGUUCAGUCUGAUCCUUAUCUUCUCCUCCUGUGUUCAAGGCUCUGCUCCAUGCUUGUUCAUUAAAUCAAUAAUCAUUUAUUGAUCCUCUCUGGGCUCAGGGUCAGGGUAAGAGUGUGUCUGAUCCUGGUUUACCCUAGACCGGCUCAGGUAACAGCACAGUCGGAACCAACCAGGUCCAAACAAGUCUAUGUAAACCCGGUCUAUGUAGCCCUGGUCUAUGUUUAACUGGUCUAUGUAGACCAGGUCAAUGAAUACCAGGACUAUGUGAACCAGGCCUAACUCUCUAUAAUGCUCUGCUGUCAGUGACCUUUGACCUACCUGUUGUAAUGUGAGCCAGCUGAUGGAGUCUCUCUGAUCGUUCAACUUUGAACUCACCAGGAUGAUUACCUGACCUUUGACCGCAGACCGUUUUGUUUAACAUGUUUUAUCACACACACACACACACACACACACACCUGUUGGUACCAACAGUGGAUGGCUUCUGUAGAUCUAAGUAACUAUGAAAAAUAAAGCAGCGUGUUUUUCACAAGGUC